UACUCCGUCCGUCCAGCCUUCAGAUUUUUAGAGAGAGAGAGAGAGAGAGAGAGAUUCAAUGGGGGAGGAGAGGGUGAAGGAGGAGGCUCUGAGGACGAUCGGUCUUUUCCAAACCCUACCUCAAUUGGUCGUCUUCGAUCUCGACUACACCCUUUGGCCUUUCUACUGUGAAUGUCGCUCAAAAAGGGAAAUGCCAUCUUUAUAUCCUCAUGCUAAGGGCAUAAUACAUGCUCUCAAGGACAAAGGAAUAGAUGUAGCAAUCGCUUCAAGAUCGCCAACAGCUGAUAUAGCAACUACAUUUCUCAAUAAAUUGGGUAUUCAGUCAAUGUUCGUAGCAAAAGAAAUAUUCUCCAGUUUUACCCACAAGACUGAGCAUUUUCAGAAAAUUCACAGGAGAACUGGUGUACCUUUCAACUCAAUGCUCUUUUUUGAUGACGAGGAUAGGAACAUCAAAUCGGUGUCUAAAAUGGGAGUGACAAGUAUCCUGGUAAGGAAAGGAGUAAGCCUUCAAGCAUUUCGAUCGGGACUGGAGAACUUUUCACGUAGCAAUAACCCGAAAAACAAGAAGAUUGAAGACUAUUUUGGAGAAAAGUCGAAAUAGUUAAAUGAAUCAUUCUAAAUCCCCUUAAAAAGUUGGGAAUUUUAUUUAAUAUUGCAUGUAAAGGCUUGUGUUUCAGCUAUGUGGAUAUUAUCUCAUGUACCAUCUCAAAGAGAACACAUUUUAACAUUAUUCCAAUACUCACGAUUUAUUUUUCGUAUCGAAUGAUACAAUUGUUAUAUCAGACUCUUUAAGUUUAUGUUAUCUGAUCGACAAUCAGCCACCCUA